AUGGACACAGAGCGGGGCUCCUUAGGCACUCAGGAUGUGGAUAGCACCAAGAAGGAAGUUCAACUGAGGGUAAUCCCUUCGGAGCUGAAGUUCCUGGAUGCAGUGUCUGGGAAAGUGUACCGGCUGCCUCUCGUUGUACACAAUUUGGGCCGCUGGAACCAGAAGAUGAGGUUUCAAGAGCCUGGGAAGCCACAGUUCAAACUGUUGUUGACGAGUCUGGAUAAGGAACUAGCUUCUGGCCUUCAGAUGUCAGCAAUGGUGGAAUAUCAUCCUGAUAAAAAUGAAGACGUGUUUGAUCACAUCUUUAUCUAUGCAGGAAAUAAAGUUCUAGAGGUUCCUCUGAUUGGGCUGAUUCCAACCUGUCACCUGGAAAUUGUGCCAGUAGUUGAUUUUGGCAUAUUAGUUGCCAAUAGUAAAGUGCACUGUAAAGAGAUUAGUAUUAUUAAUCGUGGCAAAGCUCCAGGCACGUUUAAAACAGAAUACCAGGGUCAGUUACCUAUUGUGAUUUCUCCAAGUAGUGGUAUUGUGAAGGCUAAGUCAUCAAAGGUCAUCAAAGUGGAUUUCUGUGCAGACCAGUCCCAGAUUGUAAAUGAAGUGGCAAGAGUGAGUUUGCAAGGUCGUCCUGAUACACUCUUGAACAUCAAAGUUCAUGUGGUUGAGCAGAUAAUCGAAUUGCUUAACAUGAACUGUGACAGGAAAUUGGAAUGCAUACGGUUUGGUUCUGUUUUCUUUGGAACAUCAAAACUUGAGCAUGCACUUUUGUUUAACAAUAGCCCUGAAACUGUAAACUGGGUGGCAAUAAUGCAAGAUGACUGUGUUGGAGAAGAACUGCUAACAAAUAUUCAUCAAAGGACAGAUAUUGCCUUAAAUAAUCUCCCCUACUUAAACAAAAUAAAGAAAAUAGAUAUGACUGAUUUUAUGACCUGUGUUCCCAAUGAAGGGACUUUACUCCCCUAUCAAAAGAUUGUAAUUACAUUUUGCUUCAGCCCAAAGCUAGUGGUUGAUAUUAAAAAGGAUGUUGGGCCUUCACAUAGGCAAGACUAUGCCCUCUUUGUGAGAUUUGAUUCUGUGGGAAGUAAAGAUGGAUUUUUAAGAGAUGAUAACUCUAACACCAUGAAAAGUAAUCGACUUCAAAAAGUAGAGUUAGCUUUGACAGGCUCUGGACUUCCUGUCAUCUUACAGUUUGAUCCAGGAAAAUCACUUACUUUUGCACCUUGUUUCAUGGGUGAGCAUUCGGAUAUUCUGUGCAUUGUAAAAAAUCAAUCCAUAUCACUUCCUGUGAUGUACCAUUUUCAAAAAACUGCACACUUUAAAAUGGAUCCUGAAAGGGGCAAAAUUGAUGAAGGAUGUAUUCAGAAUGUGAUUUGUUCAUUUGUUCCACAUCAAAUUGGAGUAUUUAAAGUGAAGCAAGUGAUUGAGAUUAUUGGUCCAGUGGUAGAUGAAAAUUUACGGUCAUUGUCAAUGAAACCAUUUCAUUAUAUACAUUUAGAAUUCAACAGCACUUGCAAAGCUUACACUAAGAAAGUCGGGGUGAAAAUUAAUCCUGGGAUAUCCCCAUUGAUCAGUAAUCCCACAAGACAAUUUGUGAUCAAAGAUUCAGAGAAAAAGGAUGAUCAUCUACCUGUAGCAGCAAUGCUCCAGUCAGCCAUGACAAACCUUCAUAAUCAUCACUCCAAUGAUAUGUCAGCGAAGGGUGCACUGAUUGCCUUUCCUAAUGACAGAGCUGCAAGUAUCAGGUGUGAAGACCACCAUGAACAAUUCAGAACAAUUUUCACAAAGAUGCCUAGGCAUGUCUAUGUGGAUCCUGAUUAUGAAUACACUGAUUUGGAAAAAUUGGAAAGGAAAAUACAUCGAGAUUACUACACAGACUAUAUUAACGGUUUAAGAAAUACACGCCUUCUUAAAGAAGCACUGAGGGAACGCAGGUUUCCAGUAAGUGAAGUCGAUAUAGGCAUGCUGCCAUCAUCUGGUAUAAAGUCACCAUCAUUAUCUCAAUCAGAAAUCGAAGAGAUACCUUCAUCUUUAAAGACUGUUUCCCUCAGAGCUAAAAGAUUGCUAAGCACCAAGAAAAUAACAUCCAGGGAGGCAGAAUCUCUGCAUAGAAAGAUCUCCAGAGGACUUAAAUCGAAGCCAACCACUCACCAAGAAAAGCGUGACUGCAGCAAAGUUUUGACACCAAAGCAAAUCCAUCAAGUAAUUGUUGGACCAUCUGUUCUUAACUUUGGUAAUAUUUGUGUGAAAUCUACAAACACUCAGCUACUUCACAUUGUUAACAUGCUGCCAAUGUAUAUAUUGAUACAGUUAGAUAUUAAUUUGGAAGAACUUCGGAAAACCAACCAAUUUUCCUAUGUGAUUCCACCUACAUCUAGUACAUAUAUUUCGAUGGUAUUUGAGUCUUCUACCAACGGGAAAUUUUGGAAAUCAUUUACCUUUAGAAUUAACAACAUACCUGGUGGACAUAUCUUAGUAAUGGCUGUCAUCCUGCCUGUAAAACUUGAACUGUCUUCUAAUGAGGUUGUGUUGAAACCCCAAACCUUCUUGUUGAAAACAUGUUUUCGGGGGACAGUCAGGCUAUAUAAUCAUCUGAAUCGUCCUGCCCAAUUUGAAUGGAAACCAGUAACUGAACUGAGAGGAAUUGCAUUUAGUAUUCGUCCAGCCCAAGGCGUUGUUGAUCCUUAUUGCUCAUUGGAAUGUGAAGUCACCUGGCAGCCAGGUUUUAGUUCUCCUGAGAAGGGAGAAUUUAUACUUGAAGUCUCUGGAGGAAAUACUCUGACACUGAAGUGUACUGCACAUGUUGGACAUACUAAAGUCACCUUUUUAGAGCCAAGAAUACUGUUCAGUAAUAGUCCUCAAGGUUUAACUACUUGGAGGAAAGCCAUUCUUCACAAUAUAGGGCAAAAUCAUGCUUAUUUUAAGGUUUGUGAUCAAAGCCUUUUGCCUACCAUUAAUAUUGUUCCAUCAGAAGGAAUAAUCCCAUUUGGGGGAAUAACUGUUCUUAAUAUCUCCUCUACACCCACUGUGGCAGAAAAAUUUGAUACGAGAGCAAAGGUUGCUAUUCAUCGUGCAAAUGUUAUAGAUCUUAGGAUUGGUGGAUCUGUUGAAAUUGCUGAUGUUGAACUCUUACCUAAUGUGUUUAAUUUCAGUGGCACCUAUGUUGGCACUACAGAAGUUAUUCCAUUUUUAAUAAAAAACCAAGGUGUGACAAGGGCCAAAGUGGAGUUUAAUCUAAAAGACUUCCCACUUUUUGCAAUGGAUUUUAAGGGGAAUCCAGGAGAGUCCAAAAAUACUGAUGCUCCUUAUAUGUAUGCCAUAGAGGUAGAGGAAGGCACAUCUGUGGAAUGUGGCAUAGCAUUUUCUCCUGUAGAAGUAGCAACGUAUAACUUUAGCUUUCCUGUCCAUAUUAAUUCCUUUAAGGCUUCAGAUCUCUACUGCGAGUAUUUGUCACAGAAAAAGGUUUUGAUGCCAAGAGUAUCACCAAUUAUUCCACCUUGUUUUGUUCAAGCUACUGUUUUACGAGCACCGUUGGAAUUAUCCAGCACGGAAUUUGUAUUCAAAGUCCCAUUAUAUGAGCUUCAACACAGUAAGGAAAUCACAACAAUUCAGAAUCUUGUGAUACUUAAUAUUUCAAAAAAAACUGUUCAGUGGUCUUUGGAUAUCCGUAAAAAUGACAAACUCUUCAAAAAUGGCAUAUUCAAAUUUACUGCACUAAUUGGAAGUCUGAAACCAAAUGAAAAGUAUACUAUUUCCAUACAUUUCUGUCCAAAGGAGCCCAUAACCUACCUAGCUGAUGUUGCUAUACGUUUAAAUGAUAAUUUAUUUGACUAUAGAACAUUAAAUCUGAUUGGAGAGAUACAAUUACCAAAGAUAAUCUUUGAUCCACCAUUUAUAUGUUUUACUCCUGUUCCUUUGGAUAUCACAGCUGGAGUGGAUAUCAGAAUUUUGCCACAGAACUAUUUCAGUUUGCUAGCUUUAGAAGGAACUGUUUCAAUUCCUCUACGAUUUGCUCCUCUUGGACCUGGAAGAUACCCUUGUAAUAUUUUGUUGAUAUCAAGAUAUGAUGUGCGUGUGUAUGUAGUUGAAGGUAUAGUAAAUGAACAAGAACCAGAGGCUGAAUUGUUGUUUAAAACACCAGCAUUUGAACCCCUUACACAGCACAUCCCAAUAAAAAAUGAAACAAAGAAACCUUGGAAAUUUCAAGCUAAAGUAGAAGGAGAGUGGUUUCAUGGACCUCCCAUUUUACAUGUUGGUCCUGGUGAAAUUGUCCAGUAUCCUUUGACGUUCAACCCCAUUUUGGAAUGUGAAAUUACGGGUAAACUUACUUUAGAAAAUGAAGUAGAUGGUAUGGCACACAGCAUUGAAAUAGAUGGGAUUGGUACAAAACCUAUGGUCUUGGAUCAUAUUGUUAUAUACUGCAAAGUGGGAAAUGUGACAGAUAAGUCCAUAAUAGUGCCUAAUUAUACAAAAAGUCUCCUGACAUUUAAGGUAACUGCAGAUCUCUCAAUAGUGUGGGGAAAUUCUUAUAUCACCAUAGAACCUGACAGCUCAGUUCCAUACACUCUCCAUGUAUGCCCUUGGAAACGUGGAGAAUUCAGAGGUGCAAUUACAUUUACCGUUAAGAGAAGAGAUGAGGAAGAGUCUCAGGAAGAAACAGAUCCAGAGAAAGACAUCUCUUCACAGGACACACCGUCAGAUCCAUCUACCAUUAUUUUUGAGGAAUACUCAG